AUCGCUCGGCUUCCCGCACGUGACUUGUCACGUGCAAUCCUCUUUUUAUAUUCCCAGCCGGGCCAGCCAACGCUACGCGGCCUUUCCCUACUCCUUGGAAAAACGACGAGACGAGGAUAAAAUGACGGAAAAGUGCCCAGCGGCGGAUCUCCAUCGUCGUCACAACGCCGUCUCCCCUCCGCUCCCAUGGAAGACGCGCCUCUUCAUCUCCGUCCUCUCCGCCAUCACCGACGCUUCACGGCGCUCCGACGGGACCGUCAACCGCCGCUUCCUCUCCUUCCUCGACCCCCGCUACCCCGCCUCCCACAAGCCGGUCGCUGGCGUCCGCACCGCGGAUAUCACCGUCGACCCCUCCCGCAACCUCUGGUUUCGCCUCUUCGUUCCCACCGGCGGCGACGCCGCCGCUGGCGGCCGGAUCCCUCUGAUCGUCUUCUUCCACGGCGGCGGUUUCGCGUUCCUAUCCCCGGAUUCGCGCGCCUACGACGCGGUUUGCCGGCGGAUCUGCCGGAAGGUUAACGCCGUGAUCGCGUCCGUGAACUACCGGCUCUCGCCGGAGCACCGGUGUCCGGCGCCGUACGAGGACGGGGAGGACGUGCUCCGUUUCUUGGACGGCGGGGGGCUCGCGAGAUCCGACCCCGCCGCCGCCGGUCUGGUGGAUCUCUCCAGCUGCUUCCUCGCCGGCGACAGCGCCGGCGCCAACAUCGCCCACCACGUCGCCCGCCGGUGGGCCGCCGCCGCGGCCGGCGGCGAGUGGAAGACGCUCCGAUUAGCGGGGUUGGUGGCGAUCCAGGCGUACUUCGGAGGGGAGGAGAGGACGGAAGCGGAGAUCCGUCUGCAGGGGGCGCCGCUGGUGUCCAACGAGAGGACGGACUGGCUGUGGAGGGCGUUCUUGCCGGAGGGUGCGGACCGGGACCAUGAGGUGGUGAAUGUUUUCGGGCCGCGGGCGGCGGCGCUGGAGGAGGAGUACCCGGCGACGAUGGUUGUGGGGGGGUUCGAUCCGCUCCAGGAUUGGCAAAGGAGGUACUACGAGGGUUUGAGGGCGAGGGGGAAGGAGGCGAGACUGGUGGAGUACCCGGAUGCGAUCCACGCCUUUUACGUGUUCCCGGAGUUGAAGGAGUCGGCGUACCUGAUUGCCGAGAUUAGGGAUUUCGUGGAGGAGCAUCGGCAUAAGUAAUCUAUUAGAAUAAUGCAAUGUAAUUUGGUUAUGUUUGAAGAUUAUAUUUUAGUUUGCCAUUUGUGAUAUAGCGUCAAGUGUGAGGUAUGAAGCUGGUAGUGGUUUUUCUUGUUUUCCAAAUAAUUGGACAAAUGGUGAAAAUAUAUGGUGUGAGGACAAAGGUGUAAAGAAGGGUGCAUAUGUGGUGUGAGGGCAUUUUGAGAUUAUACAAGCUUGCAUGGAGGUAAACCAUCUGGAUGGCCUUGUGUGGCUAACCAAUCAGGCUUUGUUGUGUAGAACCUAGCCUGAUCCCACCCGAGAUGUUCUUCGUGCUGACAUUAGAAGAAAAAUAAGUUGAGAAGUUUUGGAGGUAGCCACCAAUCCCCUGUUUGGAUAGCAUGACACUCUAGCUAGCUAUUUGGGCAAGGGGUGCUGAUUGGUUCUAAUUGGAGUGAGCCUUUGAAAAAUAUCCUUGUAUGUGACGUAUUAAUUAUGGAGCAUUCCCUAUGGCUAAAACAUGAGCAUGCCCCAAGAUUAACAAAUAUGAAUAUUAACCGGCAUGCUAAACUGUAACCCAGUAGUUGCACCACUUUUCUUAUUUGCACAUGUAUUCAUAGUUAUAUUU